UGUUUCCAGACAGGUUAGAAGAACCUGGAACGCGGCUUGCGCGUCGGCCUACUUUGCCUAUCCUGUUUUCAGAGUGUUGAGAGAAUGUUGGGCAAUUAGUGUGCACUAGGUUGGGAAGUAAAUUUGCCCACAGUAGGACGCGAUGCAGGAGAGCACGAAUUGGGGGGCAGAAGUGACUUAGAAUGUUACGCGUAUGUUCUGUAAGUGUAUGGAGGUCGCUAACGUAUUACCGAAAUUGACGAGGUGUGUACUCAGUAUUUAUUUCCUCACUGCAGGAAAGAUUUGCUAUUUACUGGACCACUUGCAUUCACAACAAACCGAAAGACAAAAUUUGGCAGAUUAGGGGAAACUAUUUCCAAGUAUUUCAACGAUAACGGUCUGGUGGUAAAAAUUCCCAGAAUUUUUGGUAGAGAAGAGAGAUCGCAAUGUGAAUUAAAAAGGGUCACGCAGCUCAGCAUACUGCUGAGCUUCCGGUGGUUGGGAUUUGGUUAGCUGCGGUGGGAAUAAUACGCUACCACAACGCUGGGCCAACGCUAGUCAUGCAGGACAUCAGCAUGGCCACUAGGUGUCCACUGCUGCGGGCCCAGGCCCCAUGCACGAAGUUGUCCUAGCGAGCACGAAGUUGCCUUCACCCACAAAGCUAAAACCAACCUCUUCUCAAUAAAACUUUCGUCUGUUCUCUGAAAUACACAGAGCAGUUGCUUGAAGAGGCUGUUUAUAGUAGCUUUGGGUAGCCUAGUCUAGGCCUUCCGAUUGGGUCAAAGCAAAGUAAAGAAAUAGCCAAUGAAAAGGUAGAUCUGCGACUAUCAUUUACAUUCGCAAUCGUGACGACACAGUAAAAUUAAUCCAAUCAUGAGCGAAAUUUUACUAACCUCAUUUGAAUACCGCAUCUAUAAAUAAAUGUGGCCUCGCUGGGGGUGAUUAUUUUCCCAGGUGUUAGCGAUAGUGUUGUAACUUUUAACGCUACAAUGCCUGAACCUACUAAGUCGGCUCCAGCCCCGAAGAAGGGCUCCAAGAAGGCGGUGACCAAGGCGCAGAAGAAGGACGGCAAGAAGCGCAAGCGCAGCCGCAAGGAGAGCUACUCGGUCUACGUGUACAAGGUGCUGAAGCAGGUCCACCCCGACACCGGCAUCUCGUCCAAGGCCAUGGGCAUCAUGAACUCGUUCGUCAACGACAUCUUCGAGCGCAUCGCGGGCGAGGCGUCGCGCCUGGCGCAUUACAACAAGCGCUCGACCAUCACCUCCAGGGAGAUCCAGACGGCCGUGCGCCUGCUGCUGCCCGGGGAGCUGGCCAAGCACGCCGUGUCGGAGGGCACCAAGGCCGUCACCAAGUACACCAGCUCCAAGUAAACUUGCCAAGUAAGCGUCUUUGCAUCUAACCCUAAAGGCUCU